CCCUCCACCCCCCAACUCAACUCCUCCGCGGCACAGGCACAGCACACUCCUCCCCCUCCGCUUCUCUCGCUCCCCGUCUCGCCGCUUUCCCCUCCCCCCUUCCUCCCGGGGCGCCGGGGCCUCCAGAAUCCACCUCCCGCUCCCGCCGCCGUACCCGGCGGGUUCGUACGAGAGAAAUCAAGGGUACCAUUUUGGGGCGCACCUGUUACUCCUAUGCUUUGUCCUGCAUCAAACUGCCAAUGCAAGUAUAAAUCUGGAAAGGCCUAUAAGAAAAAUAGGCCCACGCACUUAGGAUACUUUUGGGGUUAAACCUUUAUUGCGAUUUUGCUCAAUGGACUAAUCUGAACAUCGCACCUUUCAUUUUCUUUGGUUUCAGCUUGGUUAAUGUUUUGCUGCUAUCUUUGAUGGUAGACUCAGUUUUCCACAACCGCCUGGAAAUUUUGUUCCAGCUCCAUAGUUAGUACCAACCAUUUUCUUUUUGUCCAGCGGGAUUACUGGGCAACUUCAAAGUGAAUUAUGGGUGGAUUCUGCUGCUGCCUCAGUACUGAAGAUUUUGAGGAAUAUGUCCAUCCCAGCAACCCUAUCUAUAGGCAAUGCAUGUCAUUAAGGCAUUUGUUCCACAACAUUUUUGGCGGGUAUACUGCAACAUUCCAGAGGCUUGAAUCUAGGCCAAGUAACCCAGCCCAAGGGACUGCUCUGCUGGGAUCCGCUAAUCCAAGUGCUAGCAUAAAUGACAGUUCGCUAGCUGAAACUUAUCACCUUGUUUCUAGACCACCCCCCUAUGAUACUGAUCCCAGAUAUGCCCGUGUUCAAAGAGAGGGACUGGUAUCAAGGCGUGAGAAGUCUAUAAAUCUCGCACAAGAAGAGUCAGUAGCCCUUAGACGCAAUGGCAGCAGCUCUGGUAUUGAGCAUUUAGCUGCUCAGAAGAAACGCAGCAGUACUGAAAAUGAGGGUGAAUAUAAGGUCCAUCGUUCCGAAUCGAUGAAGAGUUUGUCUGCAAAAUCUUAUAGUAGCAACUAUGCGGUUGUCGGUUCAGAAGAUGAGGAUGUGUGCCCUACUUGUCUGGAAGAAUAUACCCCCGACAAUCUGAAAAUUAUAACUAAAUGCUGUCACCAUUUUCAUCUUGGUUGUAUUUAUGAAUGGAUGGAGAGAAGUGAUACAUGUCCAAUUUGUUGCAAGGAAAUGGAGUUUUACGAGAGCCCAUGAAACCAUUUUGUUUUGCAUCACACCUCACAUCAGAGCAAAGGAAAUUGUCUACAGUAUAGAAUGCCGGGGAACUGUAAAUAAUAGUUAUGUGCUGUCCAAAUAGAUCUCUUUCUCGAGAUCAGUUUCUUACAUGUACUGAAAUGACGAUCUUACUAAAAUUCGUGCUAGAAUUUGCUUGCCCGAUCUUUGGUUACAUUAACCCAAUUUUAAUAGUGAUGUGAGCAAAUUAUUUCAAGUUUA